AUGGAUAGCUUUACCUCCUUCCCAUGGCAAAAGAGCGAGACUGAAGAGAGAGAAUACCACCGGAAAAAGCGAAUACGCCUGAUCAUCAUCGGCGUCUCGACAUUCCUUCUCCUCGUCAUAGUCAUCGCUUCUUCAGCCGUAGCUAUCGCCAAUAAAUAUGACAAUGGCUCAAAUGACAACAUGUCAUCAACAUCCAGAGAUAGUUCAGUAAAGGCCGUCUGUGGUGUCGCACAGUACCCUGAAUCUUGUGUUUCAAGCAUUUCCGCAACACAAGAAGCUAACUCAACAAACGACCCGAAAGCAAUUUUCGAACUCUCUCUCAAAAUAUCAAUUGAAGCACUUUUGAAUUUGACUUCUUUAUCCGAUUCUUUGUCCAACUUAACCGAAGACAAGGCGAUCCAAGAUGUUCUGUAUAACUGUAGAGAAAUGUUUGAGGAUGCAAUUGAUCGACUCAAUGAUUCAACCCAACUGCUGAAUCAACCCCUCUCUUCAUCCCACAUCAGCACGUUGAGAUCGUGGCUAAGCGCAGCGAUCACUGACCAAGUUACAUGCCUCGAUGAGUUGGAAAAUACAACAAGUAGUAUCAGUGACAAGAUGGCUGAAGCAAUGCUGAACUCAACGCAAUUCACUAGCAAUAGUCUAGCUAUUGUUACCAAAGUCGUAAGUCACCUACAAGAUCUCGACAUCCCAUUUCAUCGAAAAUUACUCACCAAAGGAGUUCCCCACUGGGUAUCCAAUUACCGGAGGCAGAGAAGUGAGCUUGUGUUUGUGAUUUAUGUGGAGGGAGUCUAUAAUGAGAUUGUGAAGGCUGAUAAGAAUAAGUGGAAUGUGGUGAUGUAUGGAAUGUACAAGACUAUUGUCUCUGGUAGCUUGAAUCGAGUGGAUGGGUAUCAAGAUAUUGCGUCAACCUCUCUUGCAGCGGCAAAUUCUCGUCCUUCGACGGUGAGAACUAGCACAUCCUCGAGCACAAAAUCCUCCUUAAAGAAAAGCACAGGAACUUCAUGGAAGCAAGUGAUGAGGGUAUUGCCACCUCUGCUAACAUGGAGAGAAGUAGGGUUAGGUUUCGUUGAGAGAGUGGUUGAGGAUGUCCUUGAAUCGGGCAUAGGGUUCGGAGAUGAGAUGGGUGUAGGGGCGAAGUCAGAGCAGGUGAUGUCAGGGAGGGGUGUAAGCAGCGACAAGCAGAGAAAGGCCAGAGGGACCAAUAGGAGGAGGAUGUUGAGGAGCUAG